AUGUCUGACCACGAGCACACCAAACCCCCUUCACCAAACCGCGAUUACGACCUCACACAGCCCAUCACGUCCAGCUCCGGUCUCCGGCAAGGCCUCACAUCCUACGGGGACGCCCAUUUCUCCCUCUUCCUUCGCAAAGUCUUCAUCAAAGCCCUGGGGUACUCCGAAGAUGCCCUUUCACGACCGAUCAUUGGAAUUAUCAACACGUUCUCGGGGUUUAAUCCGUGCCAUGCGAAUGUGCCUCAACUCAUCGAGGCCGCGAAACGCGGGGUGCAUUUAAGUGGAGGGCUUGCAGUGGAGUUCCCUACCAUUAGUGUGCAUGAGUCUUUUUCGCAUCCAACGAGUAUGUUCUUGAGGAACUUGAUGAGCAUGGAUACGGAAGAGAUGAUCAAGGCGCAACCAUUGGAUGCUUGUAUUAUGAUUGGGGUAAGUUGCGAUAAGACAGUGCCUGCGCAGCUGAUGGGUGGGAUCUCGGCAAAUAAACCUAUUCUCCCUCUGGUCACUGGUCCCAUGUUACCGGGCAGUCACCGUGGCCAACGACUGGGAGCAUGCACAGACUGUCGCAACAAUUGGGCUGCCUUCCGAGCAGGAGAGAUGGAUGUCGAAGAGAUUGCGGAAAUCAACGAAGAGCUCGCACCCACGAUCGGUACCUGUGGCGUCAUGGGAACGGCAAGUACAAUGGCGUGCAUCAUUGCGGCACUCGGAAUGAUGCCUUUAAAAGGCGCAUCUGCACCCGCCGUAUCGUCAGCUCGACUACGACUUGCUGAAGAGACGGGAACCAUUGCAGUGGCAGUUGCAAAAGCCCACCGAAAACCACAGGAGCUUCUUUCCAAAGAGUCCUUUCUGAAUGCCAUCACCGUGUUACAGGCGAUUGGAGGUUCGACCAAUGCCGUGGUUCAUCUGCUCGCCAUCGCGAAUCGACACCCGGACCUACAAGGCGUGAUCACGCUGCAGACCAUUGAAGACAUUGGCAAGAAAACCCCAUUGUUGGUGGAUCUCAAACCGAGCGGAGACAACUACAUGAACGAUUUCCACAACGCAGGCGGGAUGCUAGCUCUGCUUUCGGUACUGCGACCCUUGCUGCAUCUCGAUGCAAAGACAAUCAGUGGAGAGACACUUGGACAGGUUUUAGAUGUCGCGUCGUCGAAGCGAUUGUUUUGUGAUGAGCGAAUCAUUCGGCCACUGUCAAAUCCACUCUAUCCAUCGUCCUCCUUGGCCGUUUUGCGUGGAAACCUUGCACCAAACGGUGCUGUCGUUAAAGCCUCGGCGUCCAAAGAUCGGACACUCCUAUCUCAUACGGGUCCGGCCAUGGUAUUUGAGAAUUCUGCCGACAUGGCGCUUCGAAUCGACGACCCAGAUCUCCCCGUCACAAAGGAUAGUAUCCUGGUCCUCAAGGGCAUUGGACCGAUUGGGAACCCGGGCAUGCCUGAAGCGGGCAUGAUCCCCAUUCCUAAAAAGUUGGCUGCCGCAGGCGUGAAAGACAUGCUGCGAUUAUCUGAUGGACGUAUGUCAGGGACCGCCGGCGGUACGAUCAUCUUGCAUAUAUCACCUGAAGCGGCCUUGCCAGAAUCGCCCUUUGGGGUUGUGAGAACAGGAGAUAUGAUUACAUGCGAUCUGAAGAGCCGCAAGCUCCACGUCUAUCUUUCGGAAGAAAUUCUGAGCGCUCGGAUCUUGCAACGACGGUCACUCCUUGAGGGUGGGGAUGGACCUGUCCGGGCGAGACAAUUGCGAAGAGGAUACCGAGGCUUGUAUGAGCGCGGGGGCACUUUCACGAUGAGUUUCGAUCCUCACCGUCCACGCGGUCGUCCAGCCCACACGCCGGGAACGACGGUGCUCGCAUACACGCCCGAUGGACGCCGUGUUAUCACUGGAGGCUCAAACUCGGCAAUUCGAAUCUACACCGUGGACCAGGACGGCGAGCCUAAAACAGUAGAUGGGAGCAUUGAUGGACAUUUUGCGAUUGGCGCCACGAAUGAAGUCGUGCUUCUGGGCGCGGAAGAUGGAACUGUCUGGUCCUACGAUGCUGCCUCCGGGAAGAUGGGGGGUCUGCUUGUUCGAUGCGCGUUGCCCGUGAGAGACAUUGCGGUGUCGCGCGAUGGCAAAUGGGUGGCGGUUGCGAGCGAUGAGCUCACUGUCAAAAUUGUCAAGAUCGAGGACAUGACGCAGGUCAAAUAUCUACGGGAACAAGGAAAGGGUACAAAGCACGUCACAUUUGAUCCGAAUGGCCGAUACGCCACCGUCUCCGGAACAGAUGGAAUUCUGUAUGUCUAUUCGAUGACCGAGGAAGAACCGGAAGCGCUCCGCAAACUAGACGGUGUCAUUCGAAAGCUCGAGCCAGACGCGGAAGCCACAGCAAAGGCUGUUUGGCAUCCCGACGGCACUGCCUUUGCAGUAGCCGAGGCCACCAGGGAUAUCUCAAUCUAUUCGGUGUCUGAAUGGAAGAAGGAGAAGACCUUUGCUGGGGGUCACACCGGGGAUAUUACAGCGCUAAGCUGGGCGCCUAAUGGCACGAUGCUGGCAUCCGCAGGCGCCGACGGACAAAUUGUGCUCUGGGAGACCAAGACACAAAAGGUUCUCCAGCGAUUCGACUUUGGAAAUGUGUUGAAUCUGGCGUGGCACCCAAAGAAGAACUCCGUCUCGUUCACGACGUCGGAUGGAGAGCUGUUCAUCUACGACAACUUUGUGCCCAAGGGUCACGAAUUGCAGCUUCAAAAGCCUCUUCAGGCUGCGCCAAUUUUCCCUGGGCCGUUGACUGAGAUCUCUCACAAUGUUCCACAAACUCUUGCUGAGCGCUCCAAAGUCCCCCCGCAGCGGUCCGCACGCGCAGGGUCGCUUGAUUCUCUCGACGACAUUUUGGGCGACGAUGAGGACAUGCAGGACUUUGUGGAAGACGACGAUGGCGCCGGCUAUGCUGACGAACAACGGGCCUGGUAUGGUAAGCGGCCUGUGGACGACGAGGACGACAUGGGAGAACCCAGCCACAAGCGAGUUUAUACGGGACCCUCGCAACCCAAAACUCACUCUCUGCUCCAGCCGGGGAGCACACCGUGGGCAGGCAACCGCAGAUAUUUGUGCCUCAACUUGACCGGUGCCGUCUGGACUGUCGAUCAAGAAACACACCACACUGUUACCGUGGAGUUCUAUGACCGAGAGCUUCACCGAGACUUUCAUUUCACCGACCCGUACAAAUAUGAUAAAGCGUGCCUUAACGAAAACGGUACGCUGUUCUCCAAUAAUCCGUCGGACGGCACUCCUGCGACGAUAUUCUACCGACCACAUGAGACAUGGACGACCCGAGCGGACUGGCGCACUCAGCUCCCCGAGGGAGAAAUGAUUCGAGCUCUGGCCCUCAGCGAGUCGUACAUCGUUGCGGUCACCACGGAGGACUACGUUCGGGUGUAUACGCUCUUUGGGACGCCAGUCCGAGUCUAUCGGCAGAAAAGCCAGGCUGUGACAUGUGCUGCUUGGCGAGACUACAUCAUGACCAUUGGCAACGGACCCCUAGGGCCCGAUGGUCGACACACGACCUUACGCUACACGGUGGAGAAUGUGAAGCGUGACGAGAUCUGCCAGAACGAGGAUGUGGUCGCUCUGCCUACCGGUGCACAAUUGCAGAGCGUCUUUUUCUCUGACACCGGGGACCCGUGCGUGUACGACUCUACCGGUGUUCUUAUGGUUUUGCAACAUUGGCGCACGCCCGGACAAGCCCGCUGGGUGCCCCUCCUAGACACCAAGCAGCUCUCUCGAUUGGCAGGUGGACGAAAAGAGGAGUCAUACUGGCCCGUGGCCGUUGCGCAGGAGAAGUUUCACUGUAUCAUUCUCAAGGGUGGAGAUAAACAUCCCUACUUCCCCCGACCUUUGCUCAGCGAGUUCGACUUCCAGGUCCCUCUGUCGAGUCAACCGCCCAAAGACCCCAGUGACGCGGAAGAUGUAGGCACGGCUGAUGGGUCCCGUUUCGAAGAGACGUUUGUACGCGGAAGUGUGCUUCUUUCGCUCUUCCGGGAUCUACUCUCUUCUACGAACGCCACUGCCAGUCAGCGUGCCGAGCUGGCGCGGAAGGAACUGGAAAUCGACAAGACACUUCUGCAAAUGCUGGCCAUUGAAUGCAGAGAAGGUGAAGAACGUGGUAUGAAGGCAUUGGAAUUGGUCACGAUGAUGCAUGAUCGCAAUGGCAAGAUGAUGGAGGCCGCUGCCAAGGUUGCCCAACGCUAUGGCCGGGGUGUUUUGGAGGAUAAGAUCCGCGAUUUGGCCGAGCGCCGGGUCUUGGGUAUGGGUGACGAUGAUGAACUGGCUUGA